AUGAAUCCAGCAUUUUCCCAGCCACUCUAUUCCAUCUCAGAAGAAAUAACGCCGAUUGAUGAUUAUAUUCGCCGUCAUGGAGGCACUUCAUCUAAUAUCGAAAGGCUCCCUUCUCGUCUUCAGCAGUCUAAACGGUCGUCCAUAGAUCUUAAACAACAGCUAAAGGAUCUCACCUAUGAGGUCAGCUAUCUCAAGGCUGAGUUGCAAUGGCACAAGGAAUCGAAACAGGCUCUUUUAGAGUUCAAAGAGCAGGUAUCUGAGAUAUUUCACAGGAUAGAAGAUGCACUGGUUCAGGCAACUAUAAGAUUGACAGAAGCAGAGCAGCGCUAUCUGAAUCUCUGGGGGCUUAAUACGGGAGGAGAUAUGGAUGGACUGAACAUGAUCUAA